UGGUGGUGGGGCAGUGUGUUAGAAUUUCGCCCAUGCCAUGAUAGGAUAGGUCCCCUUGGGCUUUCCGUGUUAACGCAAAGCUGUACAAGGGCAUGUGAGGGUGUAUCUAUAGGUAUAUGUAUAUACAAAACAUACGUAUAUGGGUGCUGUUGGUAUAAAAAGGUCACCUAAUGUCCAAACAAUUCAGUAGGUUUUGUAACACAAAAGGAUCGACGAUCUCUUCUCUUCUCUUAUAGUCUCGAAACGAAAGAAAGAAACCCAUACACAAUCUGGUUCCAAAGGCAAAAAGAAGGUUAAGAGAGGGAGGGAUGACAAAGGUGUACCCAAAGGGCGAGGCUGUCGAGAAGGCAUCAACAUCAGCAACAACAGAGUUAACGGUGUGGAAGAAGUCACUCCUCUUCAACUGCAAUGGCUUCACGGUGUUCGAUCCCAAAGGCGACCUCAUUUUCCGGGUGGAUAACUACAUGGAGGGUCACCGUGGUCAAACCCUUCUCAUGGAUGCCGCCGGCAAGCCCCUCCUCACCAUCCGCCGCAAGAGAAAACUGAGCCUGGGAGAUUGCUGGGUUGUGUGCGAUGGGGAGACAACUUCGAACCCGCUGUUUUCAAUGAGGAAAAACGUCAGCGUACUAAACUCGAAGAGCUUGGCGUACGCGAGCAAAAAGGGCAGAGCGGUUCUGUACGAGGUAGAAGGAUCGUACGGGAAGAGAUGCUGCACGGUCUACGAUGGCAAGAGGAGGAAGAUGGCGGAGGUGAGAAGCAAGGAGGCAGCCGGAGGAGUGAACCUCGGCUACGAUGUCUUCCGUCUCAUCGUCCACCCUGGCCUUGACACAGCCACCGCUAUGUCCCUUGUUAUUCUGCUCGACCAGAUGUUCCGAUCUUAGACACUACAGACCACGCAUUCAGGCUUUAGACCAAGUGGAUGUCUCUGUAAAACAAACACAGCUCUGGAAAUAACAUCCACACCCAGACAAACUUGCAUUAUACCUUCUUUUAGUUA